UCUCUCUUAUAAAUGAAACUUUGGAUUUUGCCUUUGCCAAAGUUCCUCAAGUUAUUUAUUCAUCUAAAAGACAGUGGGAUUCUGGAUGGACUGUGUUUCCAGUGCUGACUGAACCGAGCAGGAACGAGCUGUAACAUGAACUCAACCGGACGUCUGGACGGCCUGAAUGACGCUUUCUCAAAGAACUUCAUCGCCUUUGUUCUUGGCGUCAUCAUCAACUGUAUCAAUGGAGCUUUUGUCUACACCUACUUUAAGAAUGAAGUCUUAUACCGAGACCCCAGGUAUGUGCUGUACAUCCAUCUGGUGAUCAACGACAUGAUCAUGCUAACGUUUUCUGUGGCGCUGCACAUCUUUACCUACACCAUCCCUCUGACGUUUGCUCCCUGCUGCAUUAUACUGCUCAUCUUACUCACUACCACCAAGAACAGCCCUCUGAACCUGGCCGGAAUGGCAGUCGAGCGUUACAUUGCUGUCUGCCGACCUCUUCAUCACGCCCAGAUCUGCACUGUCCAGCGAGCCUAUGCUCUGAUUGCACUCACCUGGGUCGUCUCCUUCAUACCCGGCCUCACAGAUAUCAUGAUCGUCCUCGCCACUCAGCCUCUCUCUAUAUUCUCAAGGAUUAUCUUCUGUUUCCCUUCAUAUCUGUACAACACACCGUACCACAAUGCUCAAAGUGUGACUGUUCAGGUGAAAUGUUGAUUGUUAUU